UUGGGAAAUGAAAACGAAAAGUGGUUUAUACAACACAACUGUGUGUAGGCCGUGUCAAGGAAACAAAGCUAUAUGCUAUCGCUUGUUUUGCUGACGUGGUGUUAGUAACACUACUUACUUUGUUUAAUAACAUCCAUGGAGUUUUAUUAGUACUAUAUUUAGGACUGUUACAGACAAAUGCACGGCGGGUUAUCCCUCAACUCUAUUUGUUACCUUGGGUUUUCCUAUUGUUGUAUGUGCAGCAUCAAAGGUCGUGUUUACAAGUUUACACUUUCUGUUUGAAUUCAACUGCAGCAGAAUACAAAUUCAACGCUUUUGAUGUGAUGCUUCUAGACGAUCCAUAACAUUACGGCUGAAUCGGAUGCGGAUUCAAUAUUGGAAAACAUUAGAAAUGUCGAUAUAAUUUCGAUUACAAUGAUGGAAAUACCUGUGUAUCAGAUGACUGCAGUCGUUUCCGUGUUGUUAUUGCAUGUUCGCGUAUCUCAAGCAAAAAACAUCACAAUAAGCAUUUCAAGCGUUUCAAGCAAUUGUGGAUCGCCGUUGGGAAUGGUGUGCGAAUGUGAAGGAGACGGCGCAAUUUUCUAUUUUAAAAAUAAGACGUCUGUGGAAUACAUAGCGGAAUGCCAGUUCACAAAUGGCCCUCAUGCCCAACUAAUGAACGGGGCGUUGAACAGCUCAUACACUAUUGAGCGUAAUUAUUCGUCAUGCAUUCUUACAGUAACAAGUCUCACUUAUGACUUGUCUGGAACAUACAUCUGCAAAGAGUUGUUCGCGGAAACUAACUAUGUUACCCACAACGUAUCUUGCACAGAUACAACAAGUACCGGGCGGGAGACCAGUCUUCCAAUUGGGCUAAUUAUAGGCCUCGCGAUCAUCGGAUUGUUUGUUAUUGUUUUCAUCGUAGGUCUUAUUUACACUCGCAAAUUACGUCGUACUAAUGAUGUACUUACGCAAAGCUACAUGUCGCCUCCUCGAAAUCGGCCUGAAAGCGUCGCAGAAGAAAAUACGUUAAAUAACCAUAGUGAAAAUCCAGGCUUACCCCUCAAUGAUACCCAUAGCUCAACAUCCUUUCAGUUUGACCACACUGGGCGGGUAGAAAGCAAAUCGUAUUCCCCACAAAAGCAAGGUUGUAGGCGGCUGAAGUUUGAAACCGUUUGCGACAGGUCACGAUACUCUACGGAUUUCGAUGAGAAAAAGGAAAAUGAAGAAAUUGAUAAUACGCUCGUCAUUGGUGAUGUUGUCAAUGAAAAUACUGUUAAUGGGAAUGAGACAGUAAAUCAACCAGUCAACAAUACUGACGCACCUACAUAUACGCUGACUAAAGAAUUAUUGGAAGAGAUACAAAAACAAGACGCUGAAACGAAUCAAUGUAGAGGCAUUCCGGAUUUCACCGAACAAGAAAUAAACCAUGAGGACACGUGUACAUCACCUUCACAGAGGUUUCUUAAACAAAAAACAAAUGACAUGAGAAAGGAACUUCACGAAUUAUCGAACAGAAAACUGAUAACGAAAGGAGGUGACCAAUUGUCGUAAAGCUUUUUCGGACGUAUGCCUGGUUAAAGCAUUCGGCAAAGCGUCAAGUCUCAUCAAGCAGAUGCUAACCGAUAUAGAAGGCAUUGUUAUCGUUGCGAUGAAGAACAUAGCAAACAAUUAUCCAAUGAAGUACUACUAUAAUACAUGUUCUUGACUUAUAUAGGACCAUAAUUAUAUUCUACUUUUCACGCUUGUAAUUUAUAAAUAUGCUUCUACAAUACUCAUUGAGCCUUGCAAAUAUCAUCUACAUGUAUAUGAAUACUAAUAAAUUUAUACUACAAUUUUAACCUGAAAGUAUCAAAAACCGUUAUGUGAAUAUUUGUAAAACUACUGAUGGAAACAUGCUUCUCCUUGCUCACAUGUCACGUUCAAGCUGCAUGAUAUAGACAUAGGAAUACUGCAGGAUUAGAUUGGUCUUGUCCGUUGAAUAAUUCUAUUGCAUGUAAUAUCGGGCUAAGCUAUGGACUAUGUUGAAUAUAUAUUCUUUUGCUCAAGCAUAUGUAUAAAAAACAGACGGACUACACUGUAUAAAUCAAAGCGCUGAAGGAACUCUAGUUGUUCGCUCUUCGAAUGUUUUGAAGAUUUCGUACAGUAACAGGACAUGAAGUUCGACUUUUUAAAGUCGGCCAAUCGAACGGCCACCGAUGUAAUUUACUUUUAAUUGUCUACAGUGGUGAGAAUUUGCAAAAACCUCAAGGAUGAAAAUGACAUUGCUUUUAAAUCUCCAAAAAUUUGAUACAUGAUUCACAUGAACCCAACUUAUAAUUACAAAGAUAAAAGAUAUAGUCAACGUAUAUAUAAGUUUACGCUAAGGAACGUACAAGCCAAGUUUCAGCGUUACGAUGACGACCAAGAUCAUCAGUUUAUUUGUUGUAUGCAUGAGUGUACCUGUCGCUUUGUGUGAGUCUAACAGAGAAUGAACCGAAGCAUAAUUAUCCGCACGCUUUUAAAAAGCGUGCGGGUAUUGUAUUGGUUUCCAUCUUUCUGUCCGUCCGUUCGGCCACUAUCUCCUCCUACACUAUUAGCACGAGAACCUUGAAACUUACACACAUGGUAGCUAUGAGCAUAUGUGCGACGGUGACGGCGACGGAAUGUUGAUCUGACUCCUGGGUCAAAAGUUUUUGUUUUAACAUAACUUCUUCAUGUAUUCACCAAUUGACUUAACACUAAUACUGAACAUCUCUUAUAACAACAUGGUCUUUCCAUGUCCACAUUACCCACCCCAGGGUCAUUGAUAAAGGUAAAGGCACCUUGAUUCCCGUCCUCUUUCAAAUUUAUCGAAAGGUCCACGGGCACUAUUUCCCCGUAUCCCCAAUAUUUUGUCCUACCCAAAAUUUUCGUACCCAAUUUUUUUCGUACCCAAUUUAUUUUCGUACCCAAUUUUUUUUUCGAACCCAAUUUUUUUAUCGUUUACCCAAAAUUAUUUGUACCCAAUUUUUUUCGUACCUAAUUUUCUCUUCAUACCUAAAUUUCUUUUUCGUACCUAAUUUUUGUUUGUACCCGAAUUUUGUUGCGUACCCAACUUUUUUCGUACCCUAAGUUCUUUUGUACCCAAUUUGUUUUUCGAACACAUUUUUAGGUACCCAAAUUUUGUUCGUACCCAAAUUUUGUUCGUACCCAAAUUGUUUCGUACCCAAUUUUUUUUCGUACCCAAUUUUUGUCGUACCCUAAAUUUUUUUCGUACCAAAAUUUGUUCGUACCAAAUUUUUUUUCGUUCUCACAUUUUGUUUCGUUCCAAAGUUUUUCAUAGCCAAAUUUUUUUUCGUAUCAAAAUGUUUUUCUUACCGAAACUUUUUUCGUACCCAAUUUUUUUUCGAAGCCAAAUUUUGGUUCGUACUAAUUUUUUUCGUACACAAAUUUGUUCGUACCCAAAUUUGUUUCGUACCCAAUUUUUUUUGGCAUUAUUUUUCGUACCCAAAAUUUUCGUACCUUAAGUUUUUUUCGUACCCUAUAUUUAGUUUUAACAUAAUUUUUUCAUUUAUUCACCAAUUGACAUCAAAUUAAAACUGAACAUAUCUUAUGAAAAAAGGUCUAUCUCGACCAUCCAUGUCCACAUUACCCGCCCUACCAACAUAGGCCUUGCCCACCCGAAAUUGCCUUUUAAUAUAACAUCUAUGCGGCGUGGGGAUACGCGUCGGCCUCUGCCGCGCCACUUCUAGUUAUAAUAAUAAAUGCGUAGGUAUCAACGAGCACUGUAUACAAAUCUCAAGCAAACUACCUUUACAAAAUAAUGUAUAGUUUUUUCCCGAAAUAAAAAUGCUUCAUUUAAUUUAUUUCCAUUUCACUUUUAUUCAUUUUCGUAUACUGGCAGUAACGUGUAACUCCUCUACUAUCACCAAUUUUUUAAGGAACGAAUCAGCUACUGCAACGUUUAAGUCGAAAAUUGACGUAUUUUUUUCCCAACAUAUUACAAAACCCUUUGUGUCCCCAUUAUUACAACUCCUGCUUAAAAAAGAACCUGGUGCAAAAAGACUUAAAAAAUAAUGAACAAAACCAUCAGUUAAAAUAAAUGGUGUACAAAACUGGAUACAUUUAUUAACGAAAAAGAAUGGAAUUGGAUAUACGAGCUACCCUUUUUAAUAUUCAAUGAUGUAAAGGUGCAGUGGUUCCAAAACAGAUUAAUUCAUAGGAUACUUCGAAUAAAUAGUAUUUUGAGUAAAAUGAAAAUUACAGAUGAUCCAUUCUGUUCAUUUUGUAAAUAAAAUAAGGAAACUUUAGAUCGUUAAUUCUGAGAAUAUCAGACAUCAAAAGCAAUUAUUGAUUCAACUAAAUAACAAAUUGUGUACUUAUAAGUAACCUAAUUCAACGAUAAAACAAAUAACGUACUUUAAAGUUAUGCUAUCUCCAACAAAUAAACGUUUCUUGACCGUAACGUGUUUCAGCAGAACUUCUCUAUGUCAUUUUCAUCUGUUGUUACAAUUUAUAUAUAACUUAUUGUCUACAUACACUUGGGAAUGUAUGUUUUCCUAGUGUUCCUUUCCAACACAAAAUCACAUGCAAGUGUGUUAUUCCUAAAUUGUGCACCAGAUUCAACGUGAUAUCAAAUUAUGUACUUUAAUGUUAUGUAAUCUCCGACAAAUAGUAUGCCCUUUCCUGCAACUUGUUUUUAGCAAAAGUAAUAUUUACAACAUUAAGAGCGUAUUACAUACAUUAAAAUCAACAUUUUCUAAAAGACAUUUGUAACAAUGUAUUUAUAUUA